CAGGGUUUUAACCUGCUGAAGAGCAGACAGAUGUAAGCCAAGAGCAGGGGCAGCCCCCAGCCAAAUGAACGCCACGUGAGGCUGCUGGCUCCGUCACCCGCAGGCACUUGCUUGUUUAGAUAUAAACCUGGACAAGGAAAAUCUCAAGUAAGGUCUGAACCCUAAGCCUCUUCCUCUUGGACAAUGGGGGUCACUGUAGUCUGCUUACGUUUCUUGGAUACACUGUGACCGCACUUGGAAAAGUCGAUGGAAAUUAUCCUUCCGAGCCUGCAACCACUUUGAGACAACAUGAGACUGAAGAUUUGAGCACGUUAAAGCCGAUCCUGGAAGUGACAUGAUUUUCAGCUUAUAACAAAUCAUCGCUUUGGAUUUAAAGUAGGUUUUUCUUGAUUUGUAUACAAUGAAGAACAACACAGGAGCCUUGCUGGACCUCAGCUUCUUAACAGAAGAAGAAUAUGAGAAGCUCAUGAAUGUUCUCCAGAGAGAUGCAGAGCUGCAGAAGAAAGAAAGCGACCGGAUCAGGCGCCUUCAGGGAUCCUUGAAAGAUGAAAAGAAGAAGAAGUUUGUAACCGGAGCUUGGUUUCAUGAUGUGAAAGCUAUGCGUUUCAAUGAGGAUUUGCAAGGUUCUGAUCUUCUUCGAGCGUCAAUUAGAAGGAAGAAAAAUCAGACUCCUCGUCAAAAUAAUGGAACUGCUGGUGGGAGCCCAGAAGAUAGAAAUGCGUCUUCCUCAGCAACACCCAUUGUGGAUGCAGGAAAUAAGAGUAUCAGUAAUGGGGACACAGAGACAUAUGGAGCUACAUUUCAAACACAAGCAAAACCGUCGUUCCCACAUCAAGUAUCCAAUAAGAGAAGAAGCCUUACAGAGGUUGUGCCUGUGGACUCUGUGGAUAGUUUACAUAACACCAGUCCUAACGCAGAUAAGUGGAGUCUACGUGAAAAUGAGAAUCAUGACAUUCUACAAAAUUCAUAUACAGACCUGGGAGAUAAUGAUGAUGACAUUAACCUCAGGACUUCCACUCCAAAAGAUACCACUUCAACCAGAAAACACCCUGUGCCUGAGAGAAGAAGUCCAAAGGAUGAAAGCAGCCCAAGUAAAAUACCAGUCAAAAGAAGGACAAGCAAAGAACCUAGUAGGCCUGAAAUUACAGUGUAUUUGAAUCAGUCAGACAGCAGUACCAAGAAGCCAGUUGUCUCUAGACAAUCAAGCGUUUCCUCACCUGAAGCAGAUGUGGAUAAAUCAGGUGCAAAUUUCACCGUUCAGUCCAUGAAGGACAAAGCAGAGCAAGAAACUAUGGUAAACAGAGAACAGUUUAGGUCACUGAAGACAUUUUGGGAAACCUCUGCAGGCAGGCAGAGUAAUUCUGAAACAGAGCUGACAGAAAUUAAGCCGAAUAAUCAUGUGUCCGUUCAGUCCAACAAAAAACAAACAAACGAAGAGUGGCCUGAGCCCCAGCACAGAGUAAAGCAUUUUCCACAUAGAGCACCAGUUAUGUCAUCAAGUGAAGAUGAAAUGGUCCACAGGACUCCACCAAGAAAAAGCUCAUCCUCCCUGAUCCCAAGGUCAACCUAUGGCAAGAGUCAAGGCUCACCCAUUUCCAAAAAUACUUCUUUGUCUGAAAGCAAUGGUACAAGCUCACAUAGUGAAGAAAACAGUGGCGCGAGUGUUACUAGAGGCUCUAAGAAGUCAAAGCUUCCAGUUCGCAUGUCCACAGUUAACAAGGAAGAUAAAGCAGACUCACCUUCAUCUCCUAAAAAUGAAAAAUUACCUAAUGAACCCCAGACUGAGGUGGAUGAAUUAAUUGUGCCAGAAAAAAAGCAAGAGGUCAAAGAAUCCCUAUAUAGCAGAGUCAAAAUUUUAAUAGAUGCUGUCUCUUCUGAUGAAGAAGGUGAACGCAAAAGUGACAAACGGGAGAACACAUCACUUCAAACUGAAACAAAUACUGAUGAGCAUCCUGAAGCCAUUAUUGCAUCUCGGGCCAGCGGUGUAAGCAACGCUAAGAGCAUGGUGAAUAUAUAUACAACCACAGAAACAUAUAACAAACCCCAGGCCCCGAGUCAGCAGCUUUUGGAGCCAGAAAGGGCUAAAGAACUGAGCAGAUCUACCCCUGCCCUGCUGUCGGAGACCGAAUCAGACACUGCCUCUGAAAUCAGCUUCAACAUCAAGAGGCACAGGAAGACCCACAGCAGUGGAAGCAACUCUUCUGAUAUGGCAUCGGUCUCCUCUGUGAGUAACAGCGUCCUCAGUGUGUACAGCGGAGACUUUGGCAGUGUGGAUGCACAGGGAACAGUUCAGUUUUCCCUGGACUAUGAUGAGAAAAAUCGGGAGUUCCAGAUAUUUGUGGCUCAGUGUAAAGACUUGGCAGUGGUGGAUGAAAAGAAAGGACGAUCUGACCCGUAUGUAAAGACCUAUCUUCUCCCAGACAAAGCCAGAAUGGGAAAGAGGAAAACAUCUGUGAAGAAAAAGACCACCAACCCAGUUUAUAAUGAAGUUUUAAGGUACAAGAUAGAGAAAAUGGUUCUGCUGAUCCAGAAACUAAACCUCUCUGUGUGGCACAACGACCCCCUGGGGAGAAACAGCUUCCUUGGUGAGAUGGAGAUUGACCUCACCAGCUGGGACUGGAGUAAUACAAAGCCUAACUGGUACACCCUAAAACCCAGGAGUUUGUCAGCCAUGAAUGGUGUGGAUCACAGAGGAACUAUGAAUUUGGCAAUAAAAUACAUUCCCCCUGGGAGUCUUGGUCCAAAACAUCCCAGUUCAGGAGAGGUCCUUAUUUGGGUGAAGGACACCAAAGAUUUGCCACAGCUGCGACUUUCUGGGGUGGACUCAUUUGUAAAAUGCUAUGUUCUACCCGACACCAGUAAGAAGAGUUAUCAGAAGACUCGAGUGAUCAAGAAAGAUCCCAAUCCAAUUUUCAAUCACACAAUUGUCUAUGAUGGCUUUCACACUGAGGAUCUAAAAGAUGCAUGUGUUGAGUUGACAGUUUGGGAUCAUGAAAAACUAAACAAUCACUUCUUAGGAGGAAUUCGACUUGGAUUUGGUUCAGGUUACAGUUACGGGAUCGCCGUGGACUGGAUGGACUCUACUCAGGAAGAGGUGGCCUUCUGGCAGGAAAUGGUACACACGCCAAAUGAGUGGAUUGAAGGAUCACUUCCGUUAAGGUCACUGGCUGGGAGAAAAAAAUUCAAAUAAGCCUUUGGUGUAAGAGACCAGCCAAUGCAAUUGUUACAGGAGUUUUUAUUUUCAUAAUUAAAAUUUACACUAGGACUUUCUGAAAUGAAUCUUUUACGGACUUCUACUGCCUGAUACCAGACUGCUUUUCCAAAUUGACUUAUUUUUUUAAGGAAUUUAGUAUACAUAACUUACAGAUACAGGGUGCCUUUUUAUGGUAAAGCACUUUAUACCUACAUCCAAGAAGCAAUAUUUGGAAUAUAUAUAUCAGCAUAUGAUUUGCACUUGAUCGAUCUUAAAUUAGGAUGAUCUACCAGAUGUCUCUGUGACUGGAGACUGGCAGAGUAUUUAACUAUGAACACUUAAAAGAGUGUGUUUUUUAGACACUUUACAAAUUUGUCAAGUUCAUCAAGAAUGUUGAGGUUUUUUUUGUCAGAAAUACAAUGGAACUGCCAAUAACUAGAAACCGUGACAUGAACAAUUUGCAUCUUGUAGCACCAUUGAAAACUGAAUUUCACAUCCUGCAAGCCAGACUUUGAUGAGUACAACCUCACAUCAACUCUCAUCACACAUGGCUAGCCAUGCUCGCCUGGCCUAAAAUUGAAGAAUCUUAAUCAAUUGAAGUAAACGUGUUAGUACUGUUGUAUAAGGGGUAAAAAAUAAAAUGGGUCGUGUUUCCUUGUUUUAAAUGGGCACUGUAUUGCAGGACAUUAUGCCGUAUAAUAAAUUCAUUGUACAUAA